CGCCGCCGCCGUCUCUUUCACCCGCCACCCGCCGUGCGGGCUCUCGGCCGGUUCCGGUGCGCCCAUGGUCGGCGCUGCGGACCGGGAGGCUGGCCCGGCGGCUGUGGCGUGCUGAGAGGGCGGCGUGGGGACGAUGCGGGCCCCGCGCGGCUGCUCCCGGCCUGGCCACCUCCUGGCUCCGGCCUUCUUCCUGCUGUUGCUGUCCGCGCUGAACGGGUCCGGGGCGGCGCUGUCCACGGCGGACGGGGUGGCGCCAGUAUCCGGGCCUCGCGAGUCCGGGCCGCGCACGCAGUCCCCGCUGCCUCCCGGCCCCACCGCUGCCCAGCCCCGGGGCCAAGCUCAGGGUGAAGCCGCCGGCCCUCGAGGCGCGGAAGGCCGCAAUAGCAGCAGCCCCGGAGCGGGGCCUGAGGCGGAUGGCCUCGGAGGGAAGGCCGCGGAAGGCUCGGCCGGUGGCAGCUUGGCUGCUGUGAGCCCCAACCCUGGCGAGAAGCCCAUGACCCAGCGGGCCCUGACCGUGUUGGUGGUGGUGAGCGGCGCUGUGCUGGUGUACUUCGUGGUCAGGACCGUCAGAAUGAGAAGAAGAAACCGUAAAACUAGGAGAUAUGGAGUUUUGGACACUAACAUAGAAAACAUGGAAUUGACACCUUUAGAACAAGAUGAUGAGGAUGAUGACAACACAUUGUUUGAUGCCAAUCAUCCUCGAAGGUAA